AUGACGACGUCAUCAGUAGCAGCUGGAAUGAUGUUAGAUGUUUCAUUUGCUGAUGGGAAAGUUAGUGUUGGGGCUGGAGGAGGUGAUAGUGAACCAGGUGAUGACGUGGCUGAUGACGACGACGAUGAUGAUGGUGCUGAUGAUGAUGGAACCAGGUACACCAUUAGAGAGGUGAUCAAGAACGAUCAUGUCACCGGAACCGGAAAAAUUCGUGAUGAUGGUAGAAAUAAUAAUGAUGAUAAUGGUCGUGGCGGUUGUGAUAAUAAUGAUGCCGAGAGACGAGAUGACGUCAUCAUAAACAGUGAAAACUGGACCGACUUCUUCAACCACGCGGACGGUCAUCAUGGCGAUAUCGUCGACUGUCGUUGGUGCAGUGCGAAAUUCUUACGACGAAAGAGAAAAAGGGAUGAAGAUGAUAAAAAUGUCAACGAUGUACAUGAGGAAGAAGGUGACGACGCGACCUCGACGACAUUCUACAAAAAAAGGAAAUGCAUAAUGAAAUUGCAAUGA